AUGCGAGCCUCGAUUUGCCUAGUCGUCAUUUUCCUUAUCAUCAAUGCACAAGCCCACAUUUCUGAUGUGAGAAUCUCUAGUUUCAGCCAAAAUAUGAUCCUAUUUUUUGAUUUUCAGAAGAAACCAAUAAUGGGAGCCGACGAAUUGCGUCUUGCCCGAGAAUGUCGAGUUGACAAAGAUGGAAAACAAUCGGUAGCCUGCCCACGAACAUAUGAAACCAUUUGUAUUCGAUAUGAAGAUUUAUGCAACAAUAUUCCAGAUUGUCCAGAUGGUGCUGAUGAAGAUCGCAUCUAUUGUUUGAUGCAUAACUUGAGAGCAAUUGAAAUCAGCGAACUCGAUGCAAAGGUCGAGGAACUCAAAGGAUAA